AAGCUAACAAGCUAAGACUCUAUCGACUCAGAUUGUCCGAAUAUCUCAUCAUUCACUGUGGAUACCUAUUGGAUGUAUAUAUAUCGGUCUAUCGCAACCAUGAACCAACAUCCCAAGUACUACAACCAUACCAAUCCUAUACCACAACAAUGCCGCACAAAUCACAUUCCAAACACAACGAAACCAAAUCGCCCAAGAACUCCAACCACUUCAAUGAACACCACCCAAACCCUCCUUCCGACAUCGACUUCGACAUAACCGUCGCAAACUGCCCUCCCACAAAACGAGUCCCUGCCAUCCACGCCGACGAAUACAUCCAGAAACCCGGAAUUGCAAGAGGAAACCUCGCAGCAUCAACAGAUAGCCCGCACGGAGAUGAAGAAUAUUCCAAGAAACACCGGAACUUCACCCCAUUACAACAACACGUCCUCUUCUGGGACCGCGAUGCAGACGGCCAGAUAUACCCCUGGGACACAUACAUCGGUUUCCGCGAGCUGGGGUUUAAUAUCCUCUUCUCGUUUGUCGCUGUGUUGAUUAUCAAUAUCAAUUUCUCGUAUCCCACGAGGCUGGCGCAUUCGUAUAUACCGGAUCCGUGGUUUAGGGUUUAUGUGGAUAGUAUUCAUAAGGCUAAGCAUGGCUCUGAUAGCAGCACGUACGAUCCAGAAGGCCGUUUAGUGCCGCAGAGUUUCGAGAAUAUGUUCAGUAAAUACAACAAGAAUGAAGACGGGACGUUGACGUUCGGUGAAUUGUUCACCAUGAUUAAAGGGCAUCGGUGUGCUGCUGAUCCAUUUGGUUGGGGAGCUGCAUUCUUUGAAUGGGGAUCAACAUGGCUUCUUAUUCAGAGGGAUGGGAAGAUAUAUAAGGAGGAUGUUCGUGCUGUUAUGGAUGGCUCGAUAUUCUGGAGGAUCCGCGAAGAACGACAGAAGACGAGGCAAGGAUGGAAUAAAGGAUGGGGAAUUGGGGGUGAUGGAUUUGUGGGAUCGCAAAAAGUGCACAUUUAAACAAGCCUGUACAAAGGCAAUAUUGCCAGAGCUGGAUGUAUGUUCUAUAAUAUACUUCUGUAUAAACAAGCAUUUACAAUAGCAUUGCAAUCAAAUCGACCCUCCAAACCCAACAGGCCUCCGCUUCCCAUCAUUCUCCGGAAGAAUAGCCAUAACCUUAUAAAUCUUCCCCAUACCUC